CGAAUUUUCAUCGUGUGGAAAAGUGAGCCGAGAAAGAGAGAUACUCGCGUGAGGCAGCUGUACGAAUGAAAGACUUGGCAGUUGCCGUGUUCCCGAUUAAACUGUCUUGUUUUCAGUGAUCGGAUGGAAAACGUGUCAUAAUGUACACAACGUGGAUCUUGUUUGGAGUCUGAGACUCGCAAAAGUUAAAUACUUCCUCCCAAAAGUCGGGACCAUUUGACGUUGGCCGACAUUCGAACCGGUACUUAGCAUGCUGCUACACGCUAAAUGUUAAUGAAGAUACAAGUUGAACGGGAGUGUACAUUUAGUCCGUUAAAAUACGAACAACAAUGAAGUGCCAUUACGAAAUCCUGGGAGUCAAACGGGACGCGGACGACGACGAUUUGAAGAAAGCCUAUCGUAAAUUAGCCCUGAAAUGGCAUCCCGAUAAGAACUUGGAUAAUGCCGAGGAAGCAGCCGAGCACUUCAAGCUGAUUCAGGCAGCCUAUGAUGUUCUGAGUGAUCCACAGGAGAGAGCAUGGUACGACAAUCACAGGGAGGCUCUGCUGAAAGGUGGCCUGAGCGGCGACUACGAGGACGACAGUAUCGACCUGCUGCAGUUCUUUACCGUCACCUGUUACUCAGGCUAUGGGGACGACGACAAGGGCUUCUACGCAGUCUACAGAAAUCUCUUUGAGUCUAUUGUCAAGGAGGAGAUGGAGCAUGGAAAAGUGGAAGAUGAUGAUGAUGAGGAGGAGGAGUUUCCACCCUUUGGGGAUUCUCGGAGCGACUAUGAUACAGUGGUGCACAUCUUCUACGGUUACUGGCAGAGCUUCUGCACGCUUAAGAAUUUUGCCUGGAAGGAGGAAUACGACACUCGGCAAGCGUCCAACCGUUGGGAGAAACGCGCUAUGGAGAAGGAGAACAAGAAAACCCGCGACAAGGCACGCAAGGAGCGCAACGAGCUGGUGCGCCAGCUGGUGGCCUUCAUACGCAAGCGCGACCGCCGUGUGCAGGCGCACCGCAAGGAGGUGGAGGAGCGUAACGCAGAGAAGAGCAAGAAGGUGCAGGAGCUCAGGCGCAAGCAGAAGCUCAGUCAGGCCAAGCUGGCGGAGGAGUACAAGGAGCAGAGCUGGGCGGCCAUGUCGGAGCUGGAGAAGGAGUUGCAGCAAAUGGAGGCUCAGUACGAGGAGGAGUUUGGAGAUGCGUCCGAAAGCGAAGACGAUGAGCUGGAAACACAGAAGCCCAUCGAGGAACCAUUAGGUCCGGAUGGAGAUGCAGACGACAUCAACUUUGAUUACUAUGGCGACCUCUACUGUCCGGCCUGCGACAAAUCCUUCAAAUCAGACAAAGCUAUGAGCAACCACGAGAAGUCUCGAAAACACAGAGAGAUGGUCGCGUUGCUACGGCAACAACUUCAAGAUGAUGACUCACUUGCUCUGGCCCUGGACGGUGAGCAGAACAAACACAUUACAGACCGAGAUGAAGAAGGGGAGGAGGAGGAGGAACAGGAACAGGAAGAGGAAGAUCGACCAAGACUGAAACUUUCCAAGAAGCAGAAGAAGAAGAAAAGGCAGCAGAAAGCAGCCAAUAGCACUACAGCGAAGGAUCAGACUACACCUACAGAUGUUGGGAACUGUUCUGAAGACUCUCCAGACUCUCCAGAAAAUGUCCACGAAGAAGUUCCAGGAGAUAUUCCCGAGGAGUCAUCGAGCCCCACGGAAGCCGAGAAGGAAGAUCAACUUCCUCUCCCUGAGCCCAAGAGCUCCAUGAACCCCAAAGCCAAAAAGGCAGACGGUAAAGACAAACCAAAGAAUGUCAAGGCACAUUCAGGAGGAGAGCAGUUUCCUGAGAAGCCCAUCAAGCUGCGCUGCGCGACAUGUAAUGGUGAGUUCUCCACCAGGAACAAACUCUUCGACCACCUCAAAUCCAGCGGCCACGCCACUGCGCUCUCGUCCAAUCCCGCUCCGACCGUCUCCGCAAGUCGGAGCAAAAAAGACAAACGAAAGAACAGAUGACAACACUUCGGGUGGACUCAAAUGGAAUUGGACCGUCUUAAGUGAGGCAAGGAAGCCGUCCCACCACUUGCCGGGCGGAACUAGUGACCUUUUGUGCAAAGUAGCCAUUUCUUUGGAAACUUUGGUGGACAUCAUGUCAUACAUUAUUCUUCUUUUUGUCAUCUGACUGCUCCCCCCACCCUCCAAUUACAAUAAAAUAAUUAGUUUUUA